ACGAUGGUUCUUUUUACUGUGGAGCACUAUUUGGGGCGGUUCUUGGAAUCAGGAGGAUCGAAUAUAUCCCAUGUCCUCCUCGUUUACCCCACAUACAUAUGCAAAAUGAAAAUAUUCUCAAGUUGUCUUAUCUGCCACAACUGCUCUCUCAGAAUCCAGGAAAAAUGAACUUUUUGCAACGUUUGAAAAAUGUUAUUGUGUUCUGGAUGCUGAAGGGAUUAAACACGGCUUUAUUCAAACCUUUGCUCGUGCAAAUGAAGGCAGAAUAUGGAAUCAAACCGGAGAAAAGUUUAGCUGAAGUAUUCGAUGAUAAAGAAUUGACUCUGUUCAUGUCGGACUUUGCAUAUGAAUAUCCUCAGCCAAUGAGACCAGAUUACAAGUCAAUUGGCCCUGUGAGCAUCCAGCCCGUACAGCCACUACCCUCUUGUCUAAGACAAGAGAUCAAGAGUUCUGGUGAUGACGGAGCCAUUAUCGUGUCUUUUGGAUCCAACGUAGCUUCAGUGUUGGAUAAAGACAAAGUUGACAUCAUGGCUGAGGCUUUUGGUAGAUUAAAACAGAAAGUGAUUUGGAGACUUCAAGGAUACAAACCAUCGUCUCUUUGUGAUAAUAUAAUCGUUCGUGAUUGGAUACCGCAGAAUGAUCUAUUAGCCAAUGAGAAGCUACGUGCCUUCGUUUCUCACGUUGGUAUGAAUGGCAUGUACGAGACAUUGUAUUACGGGGUGCCUGUGGUUGCUAUACCCUUAUAUGCAGAUCAGUUUGACAACACAGCGCAAAUGGUGGAGAAAGGAGUCGCUUUGACUGUUGAUUACAACAAUCUAACGGUUGACGAUUUGUACAACAAAAUACAGCGUGUUAUCCAUGAACCAAGUUUCCGCGAAAACGCCCAGCGCAUUUCACGCCUGAUGCAAGACCGUCCACGUAGCCCUGUCCAGGAGGCUGGUGACUGGAUAGAGUACGCCCUUAGACACGAGAGUCUUGCACAUCUACGUCCGUACUCCACUCAACUUCCCUGGUACCAGUAUUUCCUGGUAGAUGUAGCAGUGUUCCUGGUUUUGGUAGUUUUGGUGGUGAUUAUGGUGAUAAAGUACACACUUCGAUUAAUGUGCUGGAUGUGCUGUCGACGAGAUAAGAAACAGAAAACUCAAUGAUAUUUCUACGUCUUUAAUCAAGCUAGUCAAAAAUACAAAAACCUUUUGAACUUGUUUUUGUUUUAUUCGCGGGAGAUAAUCGCGGGAAGUUGAUUGAAGGAGAUAAAUUGAUGUAAGAAAUAGGAAAGUAUAGACCUUCGGGUAGACUUAUCAAAAAGGAUACUAGCUCCUGUGAA